AUGGAGCCGUUCCAUAGAGGUACUUGCACCACGGCGAUGCAUGCAGAUGGAUUUCGCCGGGACCUUGGAGAGGACUCUAUGAAGGCAGGGAUCGCAGGGGCAGAGGUGGAAACGUACUCCAGGCCUGAACAGCUCAGAGGCCGUUGCGCGCUUCGAGAGUUGCGCCGACGCGGUAGAAUCCACAUCCAGACAAGGAUACUGGCCCUUGGUAUCCUGAUCCAUGUGCGAUCAUCUCCGGUCUCCUGCUUUGGGAACCUCUUCAUUGGCCAGGUGCUGUCUCUGAGUGAAGAGAACGAAGUGGAAAUGUAA